AUAGGUUCGCGACUAAGCAGCCUCGCAGGGGCAUGCGCAGCGAGACUGCGGGCGCUUGGGGGCAGCCCUGGCGGGUCCUCAAAGUUUGACGGUGUUAGCUUUCAGUUUUCUCGCUGGUUUACGGAAAGGCAGCUUCAAGGAGAGGAGACAAGAUUCUGGCUCGGGAAGCGCGCGUUUGGAGAGAGCCGCGGAGACUGCCUUAGCCGCGGACGCACCUCCUCCGACUGGUAGAGCGGACACCCUUCCGGAGGUGGGAGACGAGGGCCCGGCCUCCGAGAGCCCCUCUGAAGAAGAUGACCCAAGACCAACCUCUGCUUGCGGUGCAGGAGGCCCUGAAGCAGUGCUUCCCGGUGGUGGAGGAGCAGCAGGGCCUGUGGCAGAGUGCCCUAAGCGACUGCCAGCCCCUCCUGCUGUCCCUCAGCAACCUGGCAGAGCAGCUGCAGGCGGCCCAGAAUCUGCGGUUUGAGGACGUGCCACCACUUCGGGCCUUCCCAGACUUAAAGGAGCGGCUGAGGCGCAAGCAGCUGUGGGCUGGCGACACCGUCUUGGACAAGUUAGAGGAGAGGCUAACCGCCCUCCUCAAGGUGCGUGACACCGUCAGCAGCCACGUGGAGCGAGUGCUUCAGACCUAUGAGCAGCAUGCAGACACGAUUGGCAUGGAUGGUGUCCUCCAGGCUUCGGUUGUGAGCCCUUCGGUGGCUGACAUGUUGGAAUGGUUGCAAGAUAUUGAGAGACAUUAUCGAAAUUCUUACCUGAAGAGAAAGUGCCUCCUGUCCUCCAUCCAGUGGGGAGACUUGGCCAACAUCCAAGCUUUGCCCAAGGCCUGGGACCGGAUUUCAGAAGAUGAACACCAAACCCUUGUACAAGGCUUCUGCCCGGAAGUCCUUCUCCCUGUAUCCACCCAGGGACGUUCUUUUUGCUUGCGGUUGAAACAUCACCUCCUUUGUGAAGUCUGCCUUGAUUACUCAGGCCGAGUCGCCUCCCUCAUCUGAGGCUUCCCAGUACCUCAUACUCCGGGAGAACAGCCCAUCCCGUUCUAUGGUGACCAGCUAUUUAUACAUCGAUCUCCUUCCCCUGGACUGUGAGCUCCUCCAGAGCAGGGGCCAGGCCCGGUCCUCUGUUAUGUCCCAGCAAGGAACAGAAUCGGGAGCCUCAUGGGUGCUGAAAAUGGAGGAAGAAUCAAUCAGUGUUCUCAUGGAUCUUGUGUCAUCAGUGUGGGAAGCACUGCUAUAGCUUGUUAUCUGGUUUUGUACAAUCCAAAAGUGCAUAGGGACUCGAAGACCCAGGGAAGGGGCUUUGCAGCGCGUGGAGGAGGACUCAGGCCCCCCGGGAGCAAGAGCGUGUACAGAGGACCAUGGCACCUUGCUUCCGGGUGCCCCUGCAGAAGCCCUCCAUGAAGCCAUUAGCCAGCACCACGGGGGAGUCACCCCCUGCCGGCUGGGCCUCCGGACAACACAGACCCUAGAAGCGCUGAUGGCCAGGAGGCCCGAACGAGGUAGCAAUCACUCAUCAGUUCAGGCUGGCACAAGUCUGCCCUGUCCGGCGGCAGGGGGCUGCAUGGAAUGAACCCGGCUCCGAGAAGCCUUGGCUCCCCGAGCCUGCGUGACAGCCCAGACAGUUAAAAUGGUUGUGCACAGUCACAUCUGCAGGUAAUUUCUGCAUCCAUCUGCACUGGAAUGGAUCUCAGUCAAUUAAUUAGAACAACACCCUCUGUCCCAGCGCCAUCUCUCAGGAGGGGGGCGGGGUGCCCCGUGUCCCCUGGAGAGCACGUUGCUCAGGCUCUGUGUUGGAACCCACUGUCUCCUAGUGGGCUCUAAUUGCAUUAGGGGGAACCAUGAGGUCAGCCGGCAUGCUCGUUCCGGUCGGCCUGGCCCCCAGCCGCCUGGGUGCGUGCGCAAGGAGCUCCCAGGCCGUGCUGCCUGACAUUUGCAAUCGUUUAAUGGGAACAAGUUCCAUCUUUGAGCUCUGCGCAGCCUUUCAUACAGCAGCCAAACUGUCCGCCCUAGACGGGACAUAAAUCCUGCUGGCGAGUCACUGGGCCAGUUCUCCUCCUGGAGCUGCUUCAUUCCCAAAGCUGGCCAGGGGCAGCUCUUCGCACCCCGGUUUGAGAAAGACCCCAGGGAACUGAUGGGGUGCAGAGGAGAGAGCACUGUACUGCGAGGCAAGGAGCAUCAUUCCAGGCUGGGUAAGCCACUUCACUCUCCGAGCUUUAGAUGAUACCUGCUUCUCUUAAUUGGUCUAAGAACUAAAGGCCCCAGCUAUGCCUGACACCCUGCAGAACACAGAAAGUGCUUCCUUCCACAUGUACUAGCUGCAUGACCUUGGGUGAGAUACACAGCUUCUCUGCGCUUCAGUGACCUCAUUUGCAAAAAUGAGACCGUGAUGGAGUGCAUCAUCCACGGCGGUUGUGAGGCUGGAUGUGAGCGUGAAUGGUGUGUGAUCAGAACGGUGCCUGGCACGUAGAAAGCACUCAGCACACGUCACUAUACACUUAGCACAGCUGUCUUUGGUUUUACUCCUUUGUAGGACACAGUUAUAGGAGAAAGACCUGGUAAACACAUUUCUUGGGAUGUCUUGGAGGUUAAUUCUCUCCUGGUGGGAUCCUGAGCUGAGACGAGUUGCAGGUUUGGAGGAGAAAGGAGGCCAGCGGGAGGGGAGGACUGAGUUCCAGACUGACCAAAUGUCUUAUUCAUUUAACAAAAAUUGAUUGAGGUCCUAGUGUGUGCCAAGCGCGAGGCUCAAAAUGUACAGUUGAUAGGGAUGUCUGUCCAGGAUACUAUCACUCAUGUGAUCUGGUGAUUUCAUUUUUCUCUUUGCUGGGCUAUCCAUUUUCUGCAAAUCACCCAUGAAAGGGAAAGGCUCCCUGACACGAGCCCAGCUGAGGUUCUGGGUGCAUCUCACUGGGGCACAGGUCCCAGGCCCACAUAGUUCUAGGAUCUUCCUCUGUUCGGGGCUUUCCUUCUUUUUCUGGUCCAAGCCCUCUUCCUCCAGGAAGUCCUCCGAGUUCCCCUCUUGACUGGCUCACGUGUCCUGUCAUCAGCUCCCCAUUCUCUAUCACUAACAACGUAUACCUUGACGUUGCCCAGUUCCUUGUCCAUGACCUCGGAUGGGUCGGCACCGUGUCUCUUGUUGUCUACUCUUGUCCAGAACCCAGUAGAUGUCCAGCACAGAGUAGGUGCUCCACAAAUAUUUGUCAAACAAAGGAGUGAAACACGGACUUUGGGCCUGUGACCAGGUGUAGGACUGGGGCCCUUGAGAGGUAACCAACCUCCACCUUGGACAGUCCCUCAGGCUUCCCCCGCACCCAGCCAGUAUGGACUAUCUCCAGGGCCAAUGAUCUCACCAUCUUCCUCUGGUUUCUGUUCUAGUUUCGAAGUCCCUAUUGGUCAGGAAGCUCUUCCCGAUGUCUGCCUAAAUCUCCAGGAAUAACCUAAGCCUGUUGUC